AGAAAUUAUGACUGAGCAAUAACUGUCUGGUACACCCAACAUUUUUUCUGGUGAACUGUUACUUCUAAAAAGAUGUCCAAAAAGCUGUGGUGCUGAGUGCAGAUGGGCAUGUUAAUAGAUGCAUUAACCUUUAAUCAUUACACUCCAACACUGCAGACGCCCUUUCUUGGUGCUAUAAAAGGAAGCAGCCUGCCGUUUGCCUCUCCAGGAUUCUCUUCAACAUCCAUCACUGCAGAGAAACUCCAUCAAGAUCUUCAGAUCCCUCCAUAUCAGAGGCAUCGAGCUCCAAGAUGAUGUGGUUCCUCUUCCUGUUUGGUCUGGCUCUGGCUGCUGAGCCUCCUUCAGAUGGACAGGAACUGAAGCUGGUGCGUGGCGGCUGUCCCUUGUUCUGGUUCAGCUUUGAGGGUCGCUGCUACAAGUACUUUGGGUCAAGAGUGACCUGGGGAGAAGCAGAGCUCCAAUGUGUGUCAGAGGGAGCCAACCUGGUUUCCAUCCACAGUCUAAAUGAACACAAUUUUGUCAAUUUUCUGAUCAAGAACUUUGAUCCUACUCGGUCACAGACCUGGAUUGGACUCACUGAUAUGCAUAAGGAAGGAGGGUGGAUUUGGUCCGAUGGGUCUAAAUACAGAUUUUCCCUUUGGAGUCCUGGACAGCCUGACAAUGAUAGUGGAAAUGAACACUGUGGACACACCAACUAUGGGAGCAAUUUUUACUGGAACGAACGCGUGUGCUCAAAUACAUUUGCUUUUGUGUGUGCAGCUCGCACAGUUUGUCCCUAGUGACAAAAAAAUUUAAAGAAAAAAAAUAUAACUGUGUUGCAUUUCUUGAUGAUUGUUCUGUUUAAAUUAAACUUUUUUCCCCCAACAAAACCCAAUGGAAAAGACAUAUCUCUGGAAAUGUGAUUGUUUUUCUUAUAACUGUCUAGAUUGUAUGUACUCUCAUACAACCAUCAAUGCAAAAUACAUCUU